AGUCUAAUAUUUCCACAAUAUUCAUACAUACAUUUAUAGUCAUUUGUCGCAGAAUGUUAUGUAUUUCUUGUUUCUGAUGUAGAGUGAACCAGAAGAGAUUCCUCCAGAGGCUAAGAUGCGAAUGAAGAACAUUGGAAGAAACACACCAACUUCAUCAGGCCCAAACUCUUUCAACAAAGGCAAACUUGGUUUUUGUGACGGACAGCGUUUGUGGGAGAAGAAGCAGCAAGAAAUUGCUAGAAAGCACCAAUCCGAUCAAUCCUAAUAACUAAGUUAACCUCACUUAUUUAAAUAAUUUAAAAAAAUUGUCAUUUUUGUACGCUACAUACUCUUAUGAACUAAAAAUGGAGGACGAAAUGUUACUACAAAUAGUGAACGCCGUAGAUGCCAUUUUAAAUCCGAAUACUCUACCUGGCGAUCGUGUGACAGCUCAUAGUAUUUGUGAAGCAUGUAAAGAAAACGAGAUGGCUUGCUCAAUCGGUUUUGCUCUGGCGUCUAAAUCUGAUGCUGCUCCCCAUAUUAAACACUUUGGUUUGCAAUUAAUGCAACAGUUUGUGCAUAACCGUUGGACAAAAACUGGUCAAGAAAUACAAAUUCAAAUUAAAAAUAAUGCUAUGCUUUUAAUGGAAAGCUGUCUUCAGCAUGAAAGUAGCUAUGUAAAGGAUGGUAUUGCUCAUACAUUAGCUGAAAUCAUCAAGCAUGUAUGGCCACAACAAUGGCCAUCUAUGAUUGAGGAUUUAAUUGAUCUAGCGAAGCUUGGGCCAAUUCAGACCGAGCUAGUUGAACUGGUUUUUCUCAGAAUAGCAGAGGAUGUUGCAGUGUUGCAUACUGUGUCAGCUUCCCAUAGGAGUCAAGACAUACGACACGGUCUUUCCUUAUGCAUGGGAAAAAUUAUGAGAUUUUUUUUUGACGUACUUGAAAGCAAUUCAGCAAUAUACAUUCAACUGUACUCAAAGGCUAAUGCAACGGAACUGCAAGAACUUGACAUGUAUAGAACUUUAUCAAUAUCAACUUUAAAAACGCUUCAGGGAUAUUUAGAAUGGGUUAAUAUGGAGCAUGUGUUCACAAACGAAGGGUCACUCAUUCGCCUACUUUGUAAACUCCUAAAUGUGAGAGGAUUACAAGUACUGGCAGUUGAGUGCCUGGCAUUGGCUGUAUUUCGCAAGGGACAGGCAUCAGACAGAAAAUAUGUCUUAACCCUUUCAACACCAGUUUACAUAGAAACUAUGGUAGCAUCCAUAACCGAUGCUGCUGCUCAUUCACAAGAAAACGAACAAUAUUUAUUUCUCAAGCGAAUGGGAAAUUUUCUUUCACUGCUUUCUGGGCAGAUUGUUUCAUCCUGGUCUGAUGAAGUAUCGGACAGUACAAUUACAAAUUUAGCUUCUCAUACAGCAUACCUUGACUUAUUGAUGGAUUUUUUGUGUCAAGAUAAUCCAGUACUAUCCUAUGAAGUAAGUGGAUCAUGGUAUCAGUUACUGCAAAAUAGUAGUAUAGCUAGGGAUGAAACUUUUGUAAAAUAUGUUCCACAGUUAUUUGAAGUGGCUGCUAAAGGUAUAAGAAAGGAUGUUGCUCCAUCUUUGUCUCUCCCUGCGCAGUUAGACUUCAAUGAUGAUGAAGAAAUUGAAGCUUUCGUGUUUUCCCAUCGUGUCACUCUGCUGCAAAUUAUCCGUGGCUGUACACGAGUUAUGCCCAUCCACUGUGUCAAUGUUAUUUUGGAAGCUUUGACUGCCGAACUCUCUUUGCCGAUUGAAACUGGAAUGGGCUUAGAUGGUGCAAAACUAGAACAAUGUACAUCAAAAUCUCCUACAUAUCUCAGAUGGGAUGCGAUAAGAAACAUUCUCGAGAUCGUUUUGAAGACUGCCAUUACUUUCUCAAAAAAGCAAGAUACGAUUCAAUCAAUGCCAGUUGCAAAAAUGGAAAGCCUUCUUAUGGAUUUGAUAAACUGUGAAAUAACAGAUAUAUGCCUUUGUCAAUGCCUCAUUAGUCUUAUAGGAUGCUUUCUACCAGUCAUAGAAAUAUUUGAUGACAAAAAGAAAUUUUUGAUUGGUAUAGUUUUCAAAUAUGCAGCUAUGGUAAAAAUGUCGAUGUCACAUCCUGAACGCUGGGGACCUGUUGUAUCUCAGUUUCGUCGACAUGGCCUGUCUGCCACAAUACAUAUUUGUAAAUAUCAUCCUGAUCAUGUUAUUACAAUAUAUGAACAGUUCCAACAGGCAAUGAGUGAAAUAAUUGCUAUUCCAAAUGGCCUCACACAUUUGGAAAAAAUAUGUGUAUAUGAGUCAAUGGUUCUUGUUAGUGGUGAAUGGAACAUGUUUGAGCAACAGAGUGCUCUGAUUCAAGAAGGUAUGUCGUUGGCAAAUGACAUGUGGCUUGCAAAGGAUGAUAUUCGAAUGACUGCACCAAUUGAAUUUGCUGCCGCUAUUGGACUUAGUUCACCUUCAUCUCAAUACAGAGAUGAACAAUUUAGUAAUUUUCGUAACAAUAUUAGCUUCUGUGUUUCUCUCACUCUGGCUAUGAUCAACAGAUCUCGAAUUCCAGAGGAUGCAAAAGCGCUUUCUAACGGUGGAUUUUUGAAUGAAAAUGGUGUUGUAUUACACCCUUGUGCUUCCCAUGUUAUUGGAGUUAUGGGCAAUAUUGCAAGUUUAGUGCAAAUGUUUCAUGGACUUUGGACAGCUGGUAUAAAAUCUAUCAUACAUAGCGAUUAUUCAAAAAGUCUAUUAAUCAGAGAGACUGAAAGGAAGACCAUGGUUUCAUUUAAUCCGAUUACUAAAGAUCCAAAUGAAAAUCGUGAAAAAGAACCCUGGGAAAAGAUGCAAACAUUUAUUUUGAUAGUAUUAGAAAAUUGUUAUCAAAUAUUAGGCGCUGUUGGAAAAUGCUGUAAUGUUCUAUUCUAUGGCAGUGCUGAUCUGUUCCCGGAAAUAUUAGCCAAAUCAUUUUCCGAUUUUCAAACAUUGCCUGAAUUAAGAAUCCGUUCUUUUACAAGGCAGUUCUUAUAUUAUUUCAUGAAAUCGUGUCCUGAAUCACACCUUAAUCAGGUAGUUGCACCUAUUCUUCACAAAUAUUGCAAUUUCAUGAAUUCAAUGCUUCAGUGCCAAUGGACGGAAUAUGGAACCAAAGAACAAGAAAGACUAAAAGUGAUUGAGUCUAUGUCUGAUAAAUGCCAAGAAUAUGAAGAUACAAAAGAAGAAGAUGAAAUCUUGAAGGAACAGCUUUUACGAAUCGUUUCUCGUGAAUAUCUUGAACUUUUAGUGAAUUUGUGCAUCAACAAGAAACCAAAUUCUAAAUCAAAUACCAAAGAAGAGGAAAAUGACGCUAACAUUGAUACCGAAAUGCAAGAAGAUAAUAAUAUUACACAAAAUACAACAAAUUUAAGUCAACUUACAUCCAUUGGAAUAUCUUUAAUGCAUACUGAAAUAGCUGAAUUGCUUCUAACAACUGGUUUGAUGUCCAUAUCUUGGCACGACACAGCAACUGCUUAUAAGGGCGUUCAUCUUUUAUGGGGGCUUUUGAAACAUACAUUCACUGAGACGAAAGAAGUGCCUGAUGAUGCUGCUAAAUUUAUAUUUGAGUCUGUACUUCUUGGCCUACAACGUCAAGGACAGCAUGACGGUUGUCAAGCUCAAUUGCUAGCCUUAAGCCUUUAUGUAUAUGUAGCUCUACGGCCCACACAUAAUUCUUUGUUAACUAUACUUCAAGGUAUUCCUGUUCUGGACAAAAAAGCCCUAGCAACGUUUGACCAGGGGUAUACAAAGUAUGCAGAGAAGAAACGGAAAGUUACAUUUAAGAAGCUUAUGAUCAAAAUUGUCGAUCAGCAUAUUGGCCAGAGAUUUAAAUCAAAACAAGAAAUGAGAGUUCUUCCACGAUUUUUUGUUGGAAAAAAGGCAAAGUCACUAAAUAUUGAUGAAAUUGAGAGUUUGGGCUUGGAAUUUUUCUUCAAACCAGAUGGAAGAUGAAGUAUAUGAGAUCUGCAUAUGAUAAUUCUGCAAUUCUGUUUUUUGAUUAGGAAUCAUCUAAAUUAAGCUAUUUUCCAGCAAAAUCAUGUUAUUAAAUUUUUAUUUUUUGAAAUAUUGACAGAAGUUCUUGCUUCCGCUAGAAUAUGGUAAAUUUUCUGAAACUGGAAGACCACAAUUUUUUUGAACUGACUUAUAGGAGCAUCCAUGCCAAAAACAUUUGUUUGCAGACGAGAAUACCCUCCCUAAUUUACAACCCAUUUCAUUUGUAAAUACAUUCUGAUUUACCAAUUUCCAACUAAAUUCUUUGGAUAUCCUUUUCGAGAUACUGAUUUCAAAUGAACAAUUAUAACAUACAUUGCAUUUAUAUGGUUUUUCAUAAUGUAAUGUGGCAUUUCUUGGUGAUAUGAAUUCCUUGUUAGCUUUUGUGUGUUGUGGUUAUCAUUUGUCAAAAUGUAGUUAAGAUCUAGGUUGAACUUAUUUUUUUUAAGGGAGCCGGAACUGUUCAACAGCAUAAUCCCUACAUUCUUUCCGUACAUAUUGAGCAAUUGAUUGGUUAAUUCCAAUACCAGACUUAAAUUGAUGAACGCAUGAUAGGCCAUGGUCUGCCAUAUGAUUAAAUCUCCAGGUGUGAAUAUUGAAAUUUAAGCCCUAAAAAUUAAGGACAUACUAUACCAAAUUAGAACCAAGAGUGAAUCCUGUUAUUACUCACCAUGUCACAAAUUUUAUAGAAUGUACAUCCACAUUAAUAAUGAGGUAUUUAUUUUCCUGAUGAAUUCCCUGGCGCAGUGUGUCUACUGGCUGCAAUAUCUUACAUCCUCUUGAAUUCAACAGCCAUUAUCUUUGGGAUCGAUUGGUUUAUAUUUAUAGGAAUUAUUUUGAGGGUUUUAAGUCAAAAUGGCGAAUGUUGAAAUUUCCAAAAACGUCUUUAUUUGAAAAUAUUACAAUGAAAUAUGUGCUCUACCAGUAUUUCAAAAAAAAUUAUGGGAGUUGGAUUUGAAUUUUUUUUUGCCGUUUUGGGUUGAAGCCCUCGUAAAACCAUGAUUUGUCUUGGAGGAAGGACUAUGUGGUGAUUUUGUUCCUUUUUAUUUCCUGUCUGCCCUUUUCUCAAUAAAAUCGAAAAAUAAAA